UCCUGGAUUGCUCCUGUUUGAAAGGUUGUAUGUUUUGGUCAUGUCUCCAAACAGAACCACUGACCUCCUCUGACUAAAAGCUGAGAUCAGCCUGGAGUGGAAUGUAGGAUGUCACCAGAGCUAUUUUGGCUAUGUACACCCACUAAUGAUUGUGAUCGCAAAGCACAGAGCAGUUGCUUUUUCUUUUUUCCUGACCACCGACUUUUAUCAUGCAGCGCUCCUCAGUGCUGCAGGGAUUAGAGAGUUAAACGAAUGGCACAGCGGCUUCGUUUGGACUUCGCGUCAAGGAGAAGCCACACCGACCCUCUGUCAGAGUGCCUCAGCAGCCAUGGUGAGGAGAGUGGAGUCAUUUUGUCAGCUGGUAGCCCCACAAAGAGUCUGGCGCACAGUUCUCUACACUUCAAGGUGACUUCGCUGUCACCGGACUAUGGAAAUUUACAACGAUAUUCUUCAGUAUUUAUACCGCGGGUUAACACAGGAGUAUGUAGUCAAAAAGGUGUUGUGCAGAUCUCGCUACAGCCCUGCGGCACGCUCACUGGAGACCGGGAUAGCACCGUAGGGGAUGGAGACCCCAGGAGCAGUGAAGCCGGAGCGGUUGCAGUUUCUGAUGGAGGUUCGUGUAGCAGUAGUAUGGCCAGCGAUGCCGGGUACUGGAGUAGCAACAGUAUCUUCGAGCCAGAGACUCCAGAAAAGCACAGGACCACCCAAGAGAAGAGCAUUCUCUGCUGCACGUCCAAGGUCCCCUUGAGACGUUGUUCCUCCUUGGUUAUAUUCCCAAAGAGCCCCUGUAGCACGCCACCUGCUUCUCCGGUAAACCCAGUCGCUCUUCCUGCUCUCCCAACAACAAGAGCUCCACUCUUGACACCUGCCACUGAUUUCUCACAGGAUGAAGAGGAUAUGACUUGGAAAGAGUCUGCCACAUCAACAAGUGGCCAACGUCUCAAAGGAAACCCUUCAUCUGAGUGUCGGGACACCAAACAUAUGGUACACUUUAAUAUUCCUUUUCAAGACAAACCUAAAUGUACAGAGCUGGACAGCAAUGAUGUGAUGGAAGAGUCAUCAGCUCACGAGAAAUCUCAGCAUCACUCAAGGAGUGUUCUGCUACACUUUGCCCAUCAGAAACCAGUUACAGCUGAAGUCAGUGCGGAAUAUCCUGACGCUCCCUACCCAGGUGCAGAGCCUGAGACUCAACAUAACCAUAAGAAAAAACUGUACCGUAGUACCUCGGCUUGUUUGUUCUCCUCAGCAAAACCCUCAGAGGAAAAACUCUGUGCCUUAGCAAAAGAACAAGAAAGGUUAGAGGAAAACCAUUGUCAUCGCGCCAUUCAACAGAGCUUUUCUCUGGAGGUGCCCUAUGCCAACACUGGGAUUUCAUGUCAUGUUUCCAACACAAAACUCGGUAGUACAUACUCUCCACAUGUGCAUAUUCAUCUUUCGCCGUGCUGUCCAGCUAAGUUGCCGAGCUUACCUAAUAAUGCAGAUGCAAGCUGCAAAGGGAACAGUACCGCAAAGAACUUAAGCCAAAAUGCUAAGGUGAGUUUCUUUGUUUGACAUUGACUGAUGCUCCCUGAGCUGAAAAUUGUAAUUUUUAUUUC